AUGAAAGAUUUGGGGAAAACCAAAUUCUGCCUUGGUUUGCAAAUUGAAUAUACUAAAAAUGGUAUAUUGGUACAUCAAUCAAACUAUACAGAAAGGGUAUUGAAAAGAUUCAACAUGGACAAAGCCAACCCUUUGAGUACCCCAAUGAUGGGCAGAACAUUAAAUGUUGAAAAGGAUCUGUUUAGACCUAAGGAAGAAAAUGAAACAGAUCUUGGCUCUGAAGUACCAUACCUCAGUGCCAUUGGGGCACUCAUGUACCUUGCCAACUGUACAAGGCCUGAUAUAGCCUUUGCAGUGAAUUUACUAGCAAGAUUCAGUUCAUAUGCAGGAUAUUUGUCAGAUCCACAUAAUGCUAAAUCACAGACUGGAUAUGUGUUUACAUAUGGUGACACCGCAAUAUCAUGGAGAUCUCAAAAGCAAACACUUGUAGCAACUUCUUCAAAUCAUGCUGAAGUAAUUGCCCUCCAUGAAGCUAGCAAAGAAUGUAGAUGGUUGAGAUCAGUAACUCAACAUAUCCAAGGAACGUCUGGUUUACCAACUGAUAAGAAUCCAACAAUUUUGUAUGAAGACAAUGCUGCAUGUGUUACCUAG